AUUCAAAAAACCCCGGCGCUUGCUUAGCAGUGCUGCGGCCGAAUGGAGAGGAUGUUAUUUCUGUGCUGAGGUGGAGUUCGUGUCACGAAUCUGGGCGUCCAGUGCUCUCCGGACAGACCUCCGGUUGCUGCAGCCAGGAAGCGUGAGGAGAGACUAGGUUGAAAACAGAAAACAUGGAGGCAGAUAUCACAAAUCUUCGAAACAAACUCAAAGAGUGUGAAGACGAGCGACUGAAAGCUGCACACUAUGGCCUACAGCUAUUGGAGAGGCAGACGGAACUGCAGAGUCAACUGGAUAAAUGUCAUGAAGAAAUGAUGACCACAGCCGAGAAUUAUAACCAAGAGAAGCAUGCCCUUCAAAGAGAAGUAGAGCUCAAGAGUCGGAUGAUAGACAGCCUGAGCUGUGAAUGUGAAGCUCUGAAACAGCAACAGAAGGCGCAGCUGGAGCAGUUAGAGGUGCAGCUCCACAGGAGCCACCGGCAGGAAGUGAGCGACCUGAAGAACAAGUUAGAAAAUCUGAAAGUGGAGUUAGAUGAAGCAAGGCUUGGUGAGAAGCAGCUGAAGCAGAAGCUGGAUCUCCAGGGGGAACUUCUCUCUCACAAAUCAGAAGAACUCCGGCUCAUGUCUGAGCAGAGAGCACUCAGUAGCGUGUCUUCAGAGCUGCUGGCUCUUCAGACUGAGCUAACUGCAAUGGAAGACGUGAAGAACGCCCUCAAAGAAGAGGUGAAUGAACUACAGUGCAAACAAGAGCAGCUAGAAUGCCUCAACACGUCCUUACAGCACCAGGUAGACAGGCUUAAAGAAGAAAAAGAGGAGCGUGAGAGAGAAGCAGUCUCUUACUAUAAUGCCUUGGAGAAAGCGCGUGUAGAAAAUCAGGAUCUUCAGGUGCAGCUGGGUCACGCACUCCAGCAGGCGGCGGACCCCAGCAGCAAAGGGAACUCUCUGUUCGCAGAGGUGGAGGAUCGAAGGGUGGCAAUGAAACGCCAGCUCAACUUGAUGAAAGACAAAUACCAGUCACUGAGGAAGCAAAACGCGUUCAUCAGAGACCAGAUGAACAAGAUGAAGUUACAAAUCUCCACAUUGCUGAGGAUGAGGGGAUCACAAACUGAAUUUGAACAGCAAGAACGGUUGCUUGCCAUGGUAGAACAGAAGAAUGGUGAAAUAAAACACCUUCUAGGGGAAAUUAAUAAACUGGAGAAAUUUAAGAACUUAUAUGAAAGUGUGGACUCCAGGCCCUCCACAUCAGACAGCGCUUGUACGCUGGAAGACAGCACCUAUUACUCACAUUUACUUCAGCUGAAGCUUGAAAAGCUAAACAAAGAAAAUGAAAGCACAAAGGGCGAGCUGUCCAUCCAGAGGAUGAAGGCAUUAUUUGAGAGCCAGCGGGCCCUGGAUAUUGAGCGGAAACUGUUUGCAAAUGAAAGACACCUGCAACUCUCAGAAAGCGAAAACAUGGAACUGAGAGCUAAGCUAGAUGAACUCAAGCUGAAGUACGAACCUGAAGAGAGAAUUGAAGUACCUGUACUCAAAAGGAGGCGCGAGGUGCUGCCGUUGAAUAUAACCACGCCAGAAGAAACAGCUGCUGCCAGUGCCACUGAGGAUGAAGUUUCUAGACUCCCACCUCACAGGGAGGAGGAAUCCUGUCUUAAUAACUUAAAAGAUAACACUGUGCAGUGGAAACAGCCAGCCGCUUCAUGUGUGCAGCCAGCCAGCCUCUCUCCUCAUAAGAGCCUGCAUCUGCACACACAGCCGAAGAAGGAGAAGUGUGUGAAGCUUGUGGAUAGUCCGGCCAACACUGAGGCCUUACAUGAACAAAGUGCAAAUACCCCCAAUUCUCCCAGGUUCACUGCAGAAUCAAAGCUUCCAACAAAAGUGAAGGAAAAGAUAGAAACUACAAGCAAAUUGGAAAAGGGAGCUUGUAAGAAAUCACAUAGCAUCAUAUAUGUGUCCUCAAAGUCAACCCCAGAGAUGCAGUGCCCGCAGCAGUAGUGAGGCGCUGUGUGGUGGGCCAUGCUAAUCAUCAUUCCUAUGUGUGGGACACCCUUGUGGAGCUUUGAAUAAAUCAGUGCUGAGACCUGGUGUGCUCAUACCUCUGUGACCAAGAAUUCAGAUGUGGCUGUGAUUCUGACCCAGAAGUUCCUUAACUGAUGAUCCUUCUCAGAACUGUGAAUCACAGGGAACAGACCAUUAUCAAAAGAGAAUGUUAGAAUUUAGACCUAUUUGCUGUGUUUGGAUAUGGAGUUUGAACAUGGUUAAAUAAUCUGUCAUACGAACCAAAAAUUAGAAAAUGGAACACUUAAAAUUAUUUAUAAUUUUCUUUGUACAUCUUUUUGGACUUUAGAUUUUCCUUGUCUUGUAAAAAUAAUGAAAUUGGCUUGAAAAUAUAUAUUACUACAAAAUAUUUUUAAGGUGUGAAGUACCUAUAUUAAUUCAUAUGUAUAAUUUAGAUUUUUAUGACUCAAACAUCAAUAAUUUUGAAUUUUAAAAUUGCAGUAAUUUCUUCUA